ACAACCUUAUAACUCAACAGUAAAGUUGACUUGUGAUUGGUGCAUCCUAAGGUUAUGCUCUUUGAACAAACUGAAUUUCAAGUGUUUCUAAGACAAAAGUGAUAUAAAGUGUGGAAAGUGUAUUAAUUGUUUCAAAGUUAAUGAGUGUAGAAGUUUUGAUGUUAUGUUGGUUGAAUAAAAGUAAAAACCAAGAAAACCAGUGAAAACCAUAAAUAAAACAUAAAAAUGUGACAAUAUGAAGUGAUAUCAAAAUUGUGCAGUAAAUGUGAACCCUUGGAACUUCCGCCUUGUGCCAUUUUAAUGUGACAAAGUUACAACCGGCACCGCUGACCUAUUCUGUUAUUGGGGAGUCUUCAAGAUGCCAGACACCUUGUCUCUCACGACCGGAGUCAGCCUGGGCCUGCUGGCUGGCAUCGUUUCUGGAGUGUGCUACAUCUUCGCCAAUGGACUUAAUAAGCCGAGGCAGUCUCCCCGGCCAUGCCUGCCGGCGGCGGAUAAGGGCGUGUGCACACGGUGCGGCGGCGACCAGGUCGGCGACUUCCUGCCGUGCGUGUGUGUCGUGCAUGAGCCGGUGAAGUUCGAGCAGGGCGCGUGGUUCCUGCGGCAGGUGCGGCGCGCCGCCUCCCUCAUGCCGUGGUCCUGCAGCUCUGACAGGCUGGAGCAAAUAGACGAGGAAUGCGAGGGCGCCGACGGCCCGGAGCGCCGCGGCGACCUCCGUAACGUGCGGGAGUUUCUGGAAGCUCUGUCGGCGAAGCUGGCGGGAGGCCCGCUAGAGGGCACCAGGGUCACGCCGAUAUACAACCAUCCUGCUUACAAGAGCAUGCUCGCGCGCCACCACGCGGCCAUUCGGAACUCGCUGGCGUCGCUCGCCAACGCGCUUCGCGACGCGCUCUCACACCUCCCGCGCGUCCAAUCCAGCGGCGACAGCGCUGCGCACGACGGCGCGUCCAGCGCGCACGCUCAGCUCAAGCGCUUGGUGUCGCGCGUGGUGGACGAGGCGGCAGCGCUGCCGGCGCUGGCCCGGUACGCCGUGCACGCGCCGCCAGCGCCAUCUGUUGACGCCACGUACGAGGAUCUACUCGCCACGGCUAUUUUGAACAAGGUGAUAGAGCGCUACCAGGCGGAGACGGGGUCCGGGGGGCGCAGCAGCGGCAUCCACUCGGCCAGCGCGAGCCCGACGCCCUCCGAGCGGUCGUCGCCAAGGUCCCUCAUCUCCAGGCAUCGAGAUGUCACGCCGCCGCUCAACGAGUCGGACGAGCUCGGCGCGUCGGACUGGGAGGGCGUGGAGGAGGCGCUGGAGCUGCCGCGCCGCGUGCCCUUCCCCGAGUUCGGGGGCGACAUCAUACACGGCACCGGCAUUGAAGACAGAGACUUCGACGAAGUUUCUGGAAGCGACAUACAAGCCGUAGACGGAUCCUGGGAAGAGAACUGGCUGUUCCAGAAGAAGAAAAUAAAAACCCUGCAUUCAGUACCGGUUCCUAUGCUUGUACCGAACUCUAACACUGACUACAAAGCUCUGAUCGGAGACAGAGAUGCCGAUGACACUACAGACCUGUCAGACAACGCUAGUGAUGCUGACGAAGACGACUCAGCAUACCAAAGUGAUAUCAAACGAGUCCUCGACUCCAAACAUGUCAUUGGAGGAAAAUCUAAAGUAGACGAAGUCGACGAUUUUGAGCCAGACAGCUUGACUAACCUUGAUGACGCCAACGAUUAUGAAGAACAAGAAAUCACAUACGCAAUGAACGACGAAGUUGAUGGUGGCAAUGGGCCAAAAGUAGAUACAAUUAACCAAAAUGUAGUCACAAACGCUGAAAAUGAUACUAAAGACUCUAUUAUUAUGUGCGGGAUCGACAGCGGGCCACUUCAGAAAGCAGAAUUUUCUGUAAAAGAAGAGAUACACAGGACUUUGCUGAAUGGUAUACAUAAUGUCAUUGACGAAAUGAAUGACGACACGCAAAACGACAACGAGUUGGACAUAGUAAAAAACGAUGACUAUCAACAGAACAGAGAAUUCACGCAAAACACUCUGAACGGGCACGAGCGCGAGGGCGAGUACGAGGAGACGGUCACGGUCCCGGUGCAGAGAUACGCCGACAGCCUGCGCCGGAGGCACUUCGACGACUACCCGCAGACAAUACCAACAAGAGACACUGAUAAAGAUGACUUAAUACCAGGCUCAAUAGCAGACAGGGAGCGUAAGAAGUGGCUUAACUAUGUAGAAAUGCCAAACAAUCCUUACUCACCAGAAGCCAUUCAAAGAAGAUUGUCAUCGAAAAGUACCUCUUCCAUAUUUGACAUGAUAACUAGAUCUAAAGAAUAUGAUGAUAGUAUUGAUUUAACAAAAACAAAGGACACAGUAGAAAUUAAAGAACACAUUUCUAAAGAAGAGGAGGUUUUUGCAGAGAAAGAAGGAAUAUCAGAAGAAACAGAAAAAGAACUAAAUUGUAUUAAACAAAAUGGUGCUGUAAGUCCUACGCCGAGGAUUCUAAAAGACGUUUUGGCUGAAGAGGUACCACAAUACAAACGCUACGGCAGAGAUUAUUACAUAAGGGAAGCCAAGUCUUCGUGUGGAGGUCGCAAGAAAAAGAGUUUCAGCGACAUAAGUUCCUUCCCGUCGAUGCAAAAGGCGACAAGUUUAGAUAAUUUUGAUACAGAGUUCGCUUCGACUGUAAGUGCCAGCAGUUCCUUGAGCGACCUCGAAGCAUCAGCCCUCCAUCACAACAUCAGUCGAGCCGUUCUAAGCCCCAGAAACGCCAGCCCCAAUUUCGCUAUAAACCCAAUUUUCGAACACCCCGACAGAACCGAUGAAAAUGUCGAACAAACAAAAAUAAACAACGGAUUACUAAUUCAACAAUUCAAUAAGAUUGCAACUAAUGAGCAAUACACUGAUUUUGCUGACCGGAACCAACCUCAUCAGUCCAUCACAAUCAUCACUGAUAGCAACAACUCGCAUGACAUUCUGAUUGAAUAUGAUGAUGUUAAUGCGACCUCUCUGUUUUCCGCCAAGCCCGCAAUCGUAGACGAUGACACUGACAAAAAGUUCCAAGAAAUACUUGAAACAGCCUACAACUGCACAAGCUCCGAUAAGACUGAUGACGAAAUUAAAUCACCAACAAGCUUGCUAGAUCAAUCGUUUCUCAGCACAAGCAGUGUAGAAGACUCGAUCAAAAUUUACAACGUUCAAACUGGGGAGAUAGUCAAAUGUAAGCCAGUUGAUAACGUAUCAGAGAUUUAUGAUGAGAAAGUUGACAGCAAUGACAACAUUGAUAUACCUGAUAAAAAUGAGAUGGGGAUUGCAGACGCACAAGACAUUAGUCUUACUGAGGAGGGAGAUGAAAUAGCAUUCAUGAGUGAUGAAAAUUCGAUAACCCAUAACAAAUUAAGUGUUAUCGACGAGUUUGAGGAGAUUGCGUUGCCCAAAGUGAAGGAGUUGGCCAAGAAAUUUGUGAGCAUGGACACUUUAAACGACGAAGUCAAGCCGCCAGUCCAGAACAUAAAACGUAGAAAAAGCAAAGACAGUGUCCUCGACAAGCCACAGAGCAAGCUACAGUACAUGCACAGUCUCACAGCCCGGAGCAUUUCCCGGGAAUUCCGGGAAGAGCUGAAACUAUCCAUGGCAACCCCGCUGAAGACCCCGGGUGGCUCCAACGACGCGCCUGAUGGGGAGAUCAUGAAGGAGUCCAGUCGACCAGGCAGCCCCCUCCCAGAACCUGGCACAUUGAAGACUAAACUGGCCUUCUUUGAGAGUCUCAAAUCGAAGUUUAACACCAAGUAGGUCUGUGAUUGUUGUUGAAUGAGGUGAUUCUGAUUGUACGGGGGACACGAUUGAGGAUACAGAAGAUUUAAAAAGGGUUUCCAAAGUUUGGUUUUCUGUAUGCUCUUCUGUGUAUGCCCUCGAGUAGGUAUUAAAAUAAUAUGUUGUUGCUGGUCAAUAAGUAUUGAUUAAGAUUGGAGAAAUCAAGUGGCCAUACACUUUUCUGAGCUCAGAUGUUUCAGUGAUUGAACUAUUAAUCCCACUAAAUUUUAUUUAUUCAUAAAUCCAGUAUGUUAACUACAACAUGUUUAGUUUCAAUCUAAACAAGUCAUGUAGUUACAGAACUGUUAACUUGUAUUAGAGAAAGGGCGAUUGAGAAAAUCACAUUUAGAAAUAAAGUGCAGAAAUUAUUUUCGAAAAAUUGUGAGUUGAUUGGUACUUUUAGAAUUUUGUUAAACUAAUAUUUGGUUUUUACGAUGACUACUGAUGACACAUUAAAAUCGACCUUUUGUGCUAAGCACCUGUUAGGCUAUCUAUAUACCUAUUAUACUCAUCGGUACACAAUAGUAAUCAUAAUCAUACCUUACCAUAAUAUAGCAUAAUUUCAGAUGUGUCAUCUCAUCAUUAAAAAUUUAAUAUUAAUGAGUUUAAAAUAUUGUGAAGUUACAAUAAAAUGUUAAUAGUUUGAGCAGUAGUUAGUAGGAAAAUUAGGUAUAUGGUACGGUGAAAUUUGUAUAUAUUUAGUGCCAUUCGAAAACAGAAAAAUAAACCUUUAAAUGUAAGCCAUUAUUAGCUAAUGCCAAAGUUGUAAAUAAAUAGUAAUUUGUCUAAGUUGGGUGAAAAUAUACGGUUAUCUCUAGUGGUUGUGUCCAUUUUAAAUACAUACAUUAAUGUAAGAUAGAGGCGUGCCUUCUGAAUAUUACUUAAAAUCAUUUAUCCGGAAAAUAUAAACUAUCCAUAGAAACCUACCUUUCAUGUGUAAUUAAUUUCGUAAGUAAAUAAUAUAUAAUUAUUAUACCUAUAUGAUUGAUUGUUAUAAAAUAUAUGGUCUUAGUUCAUCAAAUCCUCACAAUUUUGUAAAUAGUAUAGUUAACUAUUUGAAAAUUAAACAUUAAAAAGGCAAAUUAUGGUGGAAAAUAAAUCAUCAAUACAAUA